AUGAAGACAAUAUUAUUAUUGACUAUUAUUGGUAUCAUAGAAGCCCUUCAUUGCGAUAAAGAAUACAACCAAAUUGAAUCAUUCUACGAAAGAGGAUACGACAUCACCUGCCAAGGCCUCACUAACAAUUUCACCCACCUGCUACAAGAACUAGAAGUCACCAACGAAAUAAGCCUCAAGAUGGAAAACUGCAAUUUAACAGAAGUAUCUCCAAAUCUAUUUCAUAAUGUCGAACAUAUCAAACAUUUUUAUUUAGAAAAUUCAACCUUUAGCUACAAGAAAUCUGAGUCGGUGUUCAAAUUGCUCGAAAAUCUAGAAGAUUUGAAAAUUAUUAGUACUAAAUUCGAAGUAACUAAAAACUCUUUAUCAAAUCUGAAACGUUUAAAAGAAUUAACUUUGGUGAAAAACGAAUUGAGCUUUAUUGAAAAAGGUGCCUUUAAUGAUUUAAAGUCAUUAAAAGAACUGCAUAUCACUGAGAAUCAUUUAAAAGAUUUAAAUAACGUACCUCUAUGUGAAUUGAAAAUGUUAACGACUUUAAAUUUUUCUAAAAACGAAAUUCAAGAUUUAGGACAUAAUUUGUAUUGUCAAAAUAUUCAACGAAAUUCUCUAAUAAUUAACAAUAAACCACCACCCUUGAAUUCGUCAACAAUUAUUUCAUUUCCUUCUUCUUUAGAUCUGUACGAAAUUGACUUAAGUCAUAAUAACAUCAAAGAUUUAAGUACGUCUUUUGCAUUUUUAAAAUCUUUAAGGAUAGUGAAACUACAAGGAAAUAAAUUGAAUAGACUAAAUAACUCCCAUUUUACGUUUUUAGAAUAUUUGGAAAAUCUAAGAGUUGAUAACAACGCAUUAACAUUUAUCGAAGGCAAUGUCUUCAAAGAUAAACAGUUUUUAGAACUUCUCGACUUAUCCAAUAACGAACUAUUUUUCUUAAAUAUGAAAGAUUUAAAAAGCGUUAAGUACCUCAAUUUAGCCAAUAACCGACUCCAAAUAGAUUCUAUUUUAAGUAUUAAUAUUAAUAACACGUUAGAAAUAUUAAUUUUAGACAAUAACAAUGUAACCGAAAUGAAACCAAAUACUUUUAAGAAAUAUUUAAAUCUGAAAACGCUUCGUCUAUCUGGUAACAAAAUGGAGUUAUCAAGUUUUUGUCUAAACGGUUUAUUUAGUUUAAGAAAAUUGUAUAUUAUCAAUAACAGUAUUAAAAAGAUACCAAAGGAAGUAUUUAAAGAUCUUCAUAACUUAACUUUAUUAGAUUUGUCACAAAAUAAUCUAACAAUACUUGAUCAUAAUGAAACGUUUUCUAGUUUAAGGCAGUUAGAAGUACUAAAUCUGUCAAGGAAUUCACUUACUAGCUUAAGUUAUGCUUUGGUAGAACCUUUAAAAAAUCUUGUAGUGUUAGAUAUAUCUUACAAUAAACUUCGUGAUAUAGAUUAUGAUGUAAUUUUAACCAAUUUACCUUUAUUAAGUAUUUUAGAUAUAAAAUUCAAUAUGUUAUCAUGCGAACUCUUAUCCAAAAUCAUCAAAUAUCUUCAAACUAGAGGCGUUACGUAUACAGUGCAAGAUAAAAUCGAUUUGGAUAAAGUUAACGUAGGAGGCAUUUAUUGUAAUAAUGAAAAAGUUACUAACAAAGCUGUAAGCGAACCCAUUUCUCAAAAAAGUGUGAUGUUUAAUGUUACCUUAGGUUUAAUUGUAGUUCUUAUUCUAGUUAUUUUAUGUAUUGUUAUUUUUAAGGUACAUGUUUAUUUGAAAAGAAGAAAGUAUCGUGCUGAUGAGUUCGAGCUCAUAGAUGAAUGA